AAGGUGGCAGUAUUAUUCUGAGCUCUGAGAGCUCUCCCCACACACACACACACACACAGUUACAGUGCUGACAGGAAGUGUGUGCCGGAACACAAUUACAACUUGUUGGCUUUCACCUGCAAUUGGGGAAAGGAGGACCCUUUUAUCUGAGGCAAGGACAUGGGGAAAGGUGACCGAGGGGUAAGUCCUCACGCUGGCUGGUCCCAGUAAUGUGUCACUAGGUGGAGAGUGAGAGUGAGGAGCCCAUCUCCUUCAGUCACCAUGCUGCCCGGCGUCGGUGUGUUUGGCACUAGUUUGACGACCAGGGUGAUCACCCCUCUGCUGCAGAGCCAAGGCUUCCCGGUGAAAGCUCUGUGGGGAAGGACGCCAGAAGAAGCGGAGGAACUGGCGAAGGAGAUGGACGUUCCUUUCUACACCAACAGGAUCGACGAUGUCUUGCUGCACCAGGAUGUGGAUCUGGUCUGCAUUAACCUGCCGCCUCCGCUCACUCGCCAGAUCGCUGUCAAGACACUGGGAAUUGGGAAGAAUGUCAUCUGUGAUAGAGCUGCGACUCCUCUGGAUGCAUUUAGGAUGAUGUCAGCGGCACAUUAUUAUCCCAAACUCAUGAGUAUAAUGGGUAACGUUCUUCGUUUCCUCCCUGCUUUUGUUAAGAUGAAACAAAUGAUUCAAGAGGGCUAUGUCGGAGACCUUUUGAUCUGUGAAGUUCAGGUUCAUAGUGGAAGUCUUCUGGGUAAGAAAUACAACUGGAGCUGUGAUGACCUGAUGGGGGGUGGAGGGCUACAUUCAGUGGGAAGCUACAUUAUUGACCUUCUGACUUUUCUGACAAGCCAAAAGGCUGCCAAAGUCCAUGGCUUCCUGAAAACGUUUGUGAAGCAGACAGAGCAUAUCAGAGGUAUUCGUCAAAUCACUAGUGAUGACUUUUGCACCUUCCAAAUGGUAUUAGACGGUGGUGUGUGCUGUACUGUAACUUUGAAUUUCAAUGUCCCUGGAGAUUUUAAACAAGAAAUCAUUGUGGUGGGUUCAACUGGCCGAUUAAUGGUUAAUGGCAGUGACUUGUAUGGACAAAGAAAUACUGCAUCUCAAAAGGAAUUGAUUUUAGAAGACUCGACUCCUGUAAGUAAUACACUGCUUCCAGAGAAAGCUUUUAGGGAUAUUCCAUCCCCAUUCCUCAGAGGUACUAUCAUGAUGGUUCAAGCCAUUCGACAAGCAUUCCAAGACCAAGAAGACCGGCGGACUUGGGAUGGAAGACCAUUAACAAUGGCAGCAACAUUUGAGGAUUGUUUGUACGCACUGUGUGUGGUGGACAGCAUUAAAAAAUCAAAUGAGACCGGUGAAUGGCAGAACAUUGUAAUUAUGACAGAGGAGCCUGAGAUUAGUCCUGCAUAUUUGAUCAGUGAGGCCAUGCGUCGCAGCAGAAUGUCACUAUUAUACUAACUCUUUUUUUAACAAUUCUUAUAACAAGUAGAUUCAGUAUGUGAA